ACCAGCUCUGAGAAACACACAACUUCAUCUACACCACCAAUUCGCAUUCAAGAAAUGCUGAGCGACUUCAAAUAAUGGCCGUUUUCCAUCCUUGCUUUCCAGAGAUAUGAAAUGAACACAGCACCUGUUGCUUUGAAUCUACACCUUGGGACGUUUUAUACCAGGAACCACCAAACCGCGGAGCUGAAGUGAUGUCCACGGGUUCAGUGAGUGAUCCCGAAGACCUGCAGUCCAUCUCUCACUGUCUGGACGACUCUGAAGAUGACUUUAGUCUGGAUGACGGUCUGAAACCAAAGAGCAAAACUCCUCGAGGCGCUGCCAGCAACACCAACAAGCCCCAAAUGAAGCUGGCGAAAGAUGGCAGACAGUCUCAGAGGAACGCAGCUAAUGCCAGAGAAAGAGCGCGUAUGAGGGUCCUGAGUAAAGCCUUCUCGCGACUGAAGACCAGUCUACCGUGGGUCCCUGCAGAUACUAAACUGUCCAAGCUGGACACACUGCGUUUGGCCUCCAGCUACAUCUCACACCUCCGACAACUCCUGCAGGAUGACACGUACCACAACAACCUCGCACACCCUGCCAACCUGACCUGGCCUUUUGUGGUCUCAGCACCAUCAGAGGACACCAAAGACAUUUCUGCAGCGGUCAGACUCUGUGGAGCUACAGCAUAAACAUCUGGCACUUCUCUGUCUUUUAUCCCUCUCUCUCUUUUUUUACCGUCUGUACUCAUGCACUUCCUUUGAACUUACAUCAAUGAACAUUAUGCAAUGAAUACAACUGUGUGUGGAACGCAAUCAGUCCUGCAAUCCUUACAUACAAAUCUGUCUUUAUAGCCAGAUGAUAUUGAAGUCAUUUCUAUCUUUUUUUAUUUGUUUUAGCUUUAAAGCAACCUCUAAAGAACAAAUUAAAUGUCUACGGGAAGCAAAGGAAAUCAGUUUUGUUUUAAGGCCAUUGUAAGUUUAUGACUGUAGGUUUUCUUCCUGUUUAGAGUUUAUUUUUCAUUAUGUACGUUAUUACAGAUGGAAAAAGAGAUUACAGAUGAACAUUUUUGUCCAUAUAUUAUCUUGUACUUCAAGGUAUGCUUAUUUAUGAUCGUGA